AUGGAAGACAUCGAAACAGAAACAAUUAAAUAUUUUUAUGCCACUAGUGCAUCUAUAAGUCCAUUUAUUGUUGGUGUACUUUUCCUUAAUUUUGUAUAUUUGUUUUUAAGAAUGCCAUUUCAUUCUUUUAUGUUUCAUUUACAUUUAUUAUUAUUUUGUGGGUGUUUUAUAUUGAAAAUAGCUAUUUAUUUUGUGCAACCAUUUUUAAAAUCAUAUUUAUUUUGGACAUCACAAACAUUAUUAUAUUGUGGGUUAACAUAUACUAUUUAUUCUAUUGUAUAUAUAUUUUUUACUCAAAGUAAUAAAAAGAAAUAUGUUAAUAGUGUUAUUUUACCAGGAGGAGUAUUUUAUUUUAUGUUUGUUGUAAUGGUACAUUCAUUAUGGUAUGAAUGGGCAACAACAAUUAUGUUAGUAUAUACUGCAUUAUUUUGUACUAUAUUAAUGAUUGUAAUUUUAUUAUUUAUAUUUUUUGUAAGAUCAUUUGGUUCAAAAAGAGUAGUAUUAUUUGUUGAUAUUAUCUUAUUUAUUGUAACAUUUAUUUUAUUUAUUGAUAUAAUUAGUUGUAUUGCAUCAGCAAUUAUUUUAUAUCCAGGUUGUUUUAUUCAUCCACUUGUUGAUUUAAUAAAUUCAUUGUUAAUAACAUCAUUAGUUGUUAUAUUAACUGAUGGUUUAUUAUUUUUUAGAGCAUUUAGUGGAUAUAAAGGAAUUUUAGUAGAUGAAGAAAAUACUCUUGUUACUACAAAAACUUCAAUUGAUAUCGAAUUUCUUCUUCAUAGACAAACAAUUAAACAAACUGAACAUAGUGUAGUUGGUUCAACUAUUUUCCUUGGUAAAACUGUGUCAUAUAAACAAGUUGCAUUAGAAGAAUUAUUAAAUCAAAAAACUUUAAAUGAUGAUUUAAUAAAAUUAAAGUCACUGCAUCAUCCUAAUAUCCAACAAACAGAAGGAAUUUCUAUAACUAAUUUAAAUGUAUAUGUUAUUUAUAAUCAUCAUUUUUUACCAUCAAUGGAAUCAAUAUUUGAAACUAAAGACACAUUCAAUGAUUAUCAAAUUAUACAAAUUAUGAAAGGAUUAACGAGUGCUUUAUUAGAACUUCAAGAUGAAGGAAUUCUUCAUUUUCAUUUUUCAUUAUCAAAUAUUCUUGUUAAUGAAUCAAUGGAUAAAGUAAUUAUUGUUGAUUUUUUACCUUAUAUGAAAUGGUGGUUUACAACAGAAAAUGGAGAAUUACCUUCAACAUUAAUGUUUGAAUCUGAAGACUUUAUUGCUUCUCAUAAACAAUAUAUCAUUAAUUUAGUUCAUUGGAUUUUUUAUAGAAUGAUCAUUGGUAAAAAUGCUACAAAAGAUAUUAUUCUUGAUAAUAUUCCUCAGUCUAGUUUAUUUUAUUCUACUUUGAAACGAUGGGUUAAUGAAUCUAGUUUUAUUGGAAUCAAUGCAAUGUCAAAUGAUAUUGCUUCACUUAAACACCGUAUGCUUGUUGAAGAUGAAGAAGUAUUUGAACAUCAUAAUGAAGUAAAAGAAACACAUCAUCUAGAACAAGAAGAAUUAGAUGAAAAUGGUAUUAUUGUUAAUGAAUAAUUGAACAAUUUUUAAU